GCCAAAAUGGGCCGAAAUUUGACACUAUUGAUUCCACAAUCGGGUAACCCGCCCCAAACACAAACAACGGGCUAAUCAACCGCCGUCUUCAACCUUUGCUUCCCCCUUUCUCCUUCUCCUUCUCCUUCAUCUAUCUCUCUCCUCCAACACAGGCUUCAAUUUCACAACAAUGGCGAAGAAAUCAAAGGAACAACCCAAAAAACCUCCAACUCCAAAAUCUAAAAAAGUCCCUGCAACGUCUGUCAACAUUUUAAACCAACUAUUUGGCGAAACCCCUGAUGCCGAACCCUCUAAUUCCUUGUUUUCCUCUGAUAAUCCCUUCCGCAGAAAACCAACUGAUUCAUCACAGACACCCCAGAUUCCAGAAAACCCUAAAAAUGACGAGGUUGCGAACCCCGACGUUGCGACUAAGAAGAGGAACAAGGACGACAUUUCUCCAGAGGAGGUUAAGAAAUUGAGGAAAGAGAAAUUGGAGAAGAACCCUAAUUUGGAAGCUGUUGUUAAUGGGUCGGAAUUAAAUGUGAAUUUGGAGGAGAAGAAGGAGAAGAAGAAAAGGAAGAGAGAUGAGUUAGAGAGAGAUUAUGAGGUGAAGAAGUAUGGAGCUGCACCGGAUGAGGAAGAAGAGAAGAAAGAGAAAGUGGGUGUUGGGAAGAAGAGGAAGGCGGUGGAUAAUCCUGCAGAUUUGAUGGUUUCCCAAGAAGGGUAUGAUGAUGAGAGUAAGCUUUUGAGGACUGUUUUUGUUGGGAAUUUGCCUUUGAAGGUUAAGAAGAAGGCUUUGUUGAAGGAGUUUAGUGUUUUUGGGGAGAUUGACUCUGUUCGAAUUCGUUCUGUUCCUACAGUGGAUAGCAAGAAACCUAAGAAGGCUUUGGUUAUCAAUGGGAAACUCAAUGAGUCAGCUGAUAGCGUCAAUGCCUACGUUGUUUUCAAAACAGAGCAAGCCGCAGAAGCAUCCUUGACCCUUAAUAUGUCUAUGAUUGGAGGAAAUCAUAUCCGUGUUGACAGGGCGUGCCCACCUAGGAAGAAAUUGAAAGGAGAUGACUCUUCUGCUACUCUUUAUAAUAACAAGAGGACAGUUUUCGUGGGUAAUUUGCCAUUUGAUGUCAAGGAUGAGGAACUUUAUCAGUUGUUUUGCGGCAUCAAACAGCUGGAAUCUGGCGUUGAGGCUGUUCGAGUUAUUAGGGACCGUCACACAAGUCUUGGGAAAGGGAUAGCGUACGUCAUGUUCAAAACAAGGGAAGAUGCAAACAUUGUUUGUAAAAAAACCUUGAGACUCCGAGACCGCGAACUGAGAAUUAGUCAUGUCAAGUCAAUUACUCAAUCCACCACACCUACCAAGAGGAAAAAUCCAUUUUCAGGUGACUCAGAAAAUUCCCCUGCUAAGAAAUUUUCAUCGGAUUCGAAGACUCGUACCCCUGCAAAGAAAGGCGCAAAGACUCCUCCACAGAGUCGGUACAGGGUAACCGCCAGUGGGGACACCUCGUACCAAGGUUUACGUGCGAGUAAAUCCGGUGAAAGUAAGAAACAAACCCCUGUAAGAAGAUUUACUGCUACAACACCAGCUUCUGUAAAUUCUGGAAAGAAUAGUGGAGUCAAAAUUAAACAGAGAGUUGAUAAAAGACCAUCAGUAGCAGCAAGAAAGGCUAAAGCAAUUGCUAUGCAGAAUGGUGGUGCUUCUUAUAAACCAGGGAAUAACAAAAGAAAGAUGGAUGCUAGAACUCCCACAAGUUCUAACAAGAGAAAGAAGGUUAUGAAGUCUAAGUAAAAGAGUUUUUAGUGUAUAAUUGGCUCUUUUAUAAUCUGUUUAAGUUUUUACUAAAAAAGAGAGACUUCUGUAGUUUGAUCUAAACAGUUUAUACAAUGUCUAAAUCGAUACAUUGACAUCUGAUUCUUAUGAUGCUGUAAUCAUAGUUGUGUUUUUUUUUCCAA